AUGCCCUUACCGCAGGCCUAUUCAGACGACGUCCUGCUCGAGCUCGCCAGGCUUGGGGAGGGCGCGGGCGGCUCAGUGCACAAAGUACAGGACAAGCGGAACGGGUUUAUUAUGGCUCGCAAGACGAUCACGACCCGCGAGGCGCCGAUGAAGCAGCUCCUGCGAGAGCUCGCGAUGGUUACGAAGACGCGACACGUGAAUAUUGUCAAAUUCUAUGGCGCAUACAUCAGUCCUAGCGACAGUGAGGUCAAGGUGCUGAUGGAGUACUGUGAGGGAGGCAGUCUGGAGGCGGUAGGAAAGAGGAUUAAGGACAGAGGCGGGCGGGUUGGUGAGAAGGUUGCGGGACGACUGGCGGAGGGGGUCUUACAAGGUCUUGCUUACCUGCACCAGCAGAAGACGAUCCAUCGAGACAUCAAGCCGUCCAACAUACUCUUGUCGAAGCAAGGCGUUGUCAAGCUGUGCGAUUUCGGAGUGUCAGGAGAGCUGGUAAACUCGAUGGCAGGUACAUUUACCGGCACAAGCUUCUACAUGGCGCCCGAGCGUAUAUGCGGGAACGAAUACACGAUUCGAUCCGACGUCUGGUCAACAGGCAUAUCACUGCUCGAGCUCGUCCAGAACCGUUUCCCUUUCCCAAACGACCUCCCACCGAUCGAACUCAUGAUGUACAUUACCCAGUCAGACCCUCCUCGACUAGAAGACGACGCGGAGGCGACAUGGAGCGCUGAGAUGAAGGACUUCAUCCGGCUGACGUUAACGGUAUCGGCAAGCGAACGUCCGACGCCCGAGGACAUGCUGCAGCAUCCGUGGCUGCUGCGCGUGAUGCAACAGGAAGUGAACAUGGCACGGUGGAUCCGCGAGGUAUGGGGCUGGCCGAGGCCUAGCAAGCGGGGCCAGGACGGCAGGUGA